AUGGAAUCUCUUGUUUAUGAAAACUCGCCUUUGGCGGAUUAUCUCCAAGGGGAGGGUGAGCACGACCCAAGCUGGCCCGUUAAGGAGGCAGAGAAUAGCGAUAUUGCCUCCGAGUCGACAGCGGCGGAUUUUGCUCCACGAGGAGCGUCAAAAUUCCAAGAACGGAUUCGGAAUAAGCUCCCUAAACCACUGGACCUUAAGUCAUCGCACCAAAGAGCGGCUCUAGGCAAACUCUACGACGCCUGUACGUCGGCGUUGAAUUCGCGCGUUGGACGAAGCGAUAAUGAGAGGUUUCUGGAACAAUUCGGUUAUGUCAUCGUCGCGUCGCAGUUGCUGAACGAGCAUAGCGCCCCUUCCUAUACUUCGGCUGCAGAUGUGCUGUCUAGUUCACGCUCGGCAGAUCUUCCGUCAAUUUCCUCAACUUUUGGACUACAGGGCGCCGUUGUCACAGCUUCGACAUCCUUCUCUAUCGCUUGGUUGUUGCACUGGAGUCGUCCUCGAACGGGCUCAGGCCUGAACCCCCGAAAAGUUGGCGUACUAUUAGUCUUAGUACCCGUAAUCGGGGUUCUGUUUUACGCAUUCGCUAAACGACAAUGGCUCAAGUAUCUGCGACACCAAUCUGUGGAUGCGGCGGCAUUUUUCAUCGGCAACGCUCAAGGGUUUGAUUCUGCUGCUUCGGCAUCGGUCGUGUUCAUACAGGAGGUUGAGCUAGUCUCCAGAGGCUACCGCAUAAGCACGCCACUGCCUCCCAUAUCUAGACUUGAGGAUCAAGCGCAAACGCGGCGAUGCUUGAGGCUGCGUCGGACUGUGUCGGAAUGCUUCUACGCCAUGUUGAAACGGUAUAUACAGGCACAACGCUCUUUGCAACCCGUCACGGAUAAUGACAACCUGGCCAAAUAUUAUGACAUUUACGAUGUCUCGGAGGAAGAAUUGGCGGAGGCUGAAUCAGCACUCGCCGAGCGGGCGGUUGAAGAUCAAUACUCCUUACGCGCUCUUCGCACCCUAUUCGGACGGUUAUACAUCGUGAGAAAGAGCAUACUCUGCUGCCUAUUGGCUUUGGGUGCCGAUGGUGGAGGAUCCGACAUCGCGCGAUGGACCAUCGCUAUCGAGCAAAUGCAGGACCUGGCCGAGGUAACCGGCAGAAAUACAGAAAAGAUGACCAACAUCCUCAAUGAGGAAGACAGUGAUCAAGUUCCUCGGUCUCCCCUACCCACAGCAUCUCCUAAUAAGGAGCAUCUCCGUGCGCAAUAUCGGAAGCUUAACUCUCUUUCACAGGCAAUCCGCGCGCUUCACGCAAAAAUGCAUCUCAUCAGAGAAAUGUCUAGUGCCAGUUUGGAACAAACGGAUGCUGAUGAGAAUGACGAGAAUGAAGUGACUCUUGCUUCUCACUACGAAUCAAUCGGAACGGACAUUAAAAACCUUCUCCAAGAAUGGGAGGAUGGUAAAGCCGCCAUGGCCAGUACCACGCCAGACAAUCGAUUGAACGUGGAUCGACUUUCGAGGCCGUUGAGUGAGUGGAAGCUGCCGUCAUCCCCCACUCCUAGCCUAGGCGGUUCCACAGCGGUGGAAGGUAGUCCAGCCGAUGCGCUUAAAGCCUUGAAUGGCGAAAGGCCGGAUUCCAGCAUCAUUCAUACCAUCGAUGACGAGGAGGAAAUUUUUGAAGCCGUGGCUCUCCCAGCCCGUAGCAAGAGACAAUCCUUGACGAGAGAGGAGCGAAUCGCUCGGGUCAAAGAAGACCGAGCAAAACAAGCAGCGGCACUGUUGGAAGCUCGCCUAGAACAAGCCUCUCUCCUCAAGCGCGUUGUCGACGCUAUCAAGGAUUUGGUGCAGGACUGCAACUUCGACUGCAAUGACUCUGGUAUCGCCCUCCAGGCCAUGGAUAACUCCCAUGUAGCCCUGGUUUCCAUGCUUCUCAAGGCCGAAGGCUUCUCCCCAUACCGCUGCGACCGCAACAUUGCUCUUGGUAUCAACUUGGUCUCCUUGACCAAGGUCCUGCGGGCUGCUCAGAAUGAAGACAUUCUUACUCUCAAGGCCGACGACUCCCCGGACGCCGUUAACCUCAUGUUCGAGAGCGCCGAGACCGACAGACUAAGCGAAUAUGAUCUUAAGUUGAUGGACAUUGACCAGGAGCACCUGGCAAUCCCGGAGACCGAGUAUGCCGCUACUGUCGAGAUGCCUUCUGCAGAGUUCCAGCGGAUCUGCAGAGACCUGAACGCGCUUUCCGAGUCUGUUGUCAUUGAGGCUACCAAGGAAGGUGUGAAGUUCUCCUGCCAGGGUGACAUUGGCAGUGGAUCCGUCACCAUCCGUCAACACACCAACGUCGAUAAGCCCGACCAGAACGUUUCCAUUGCUCUUUCCGAACCCGUUGCCCUUACUUUCUCCCUCAAGUACCUCGUCAACUUCUGCAAGGCUACAACUCUCUCCAGCACGGUGACCCUCUGCCUGUCCCAGGAGGUUCCCCUGCUUGUUGAGUACGGUCUGGGAAGUGGUCACCUGAGAUUCUACCUCGCUCCUAAGAUUGGUGACGAGGAGUAA